AUGAGCGUGAUAUCAGAAACCACCGAUAAUCACGAAGAAAUUUACGCUUGGAUCGAGCAAAUGACAUUUUCCAAGCCGAAGAAAAAUCUUGCUCGAGAUUUCUCAGACGCCGUUUUUAUGGCCGAAUUGUUAAAACGAUAUUACCCUAGACACGUUGAUGUACAUAAUUAUAUACCCGGGAACAGCGUCGCCAAAAAGGUAGAAAAUUGGUGCACUCUCAACCGCAAGGUACUUUCUAAACUGAAUAUGAAAUUGAGAAAAGAUGAAAUCAAUCAAUUAGCAAAUUCGCAACCGGGGGCUAUUGAGAAAAUUUUAACCGAUUUGAGGAUAAAAAUUUUAAGGGAUUGUAAUGCAGACAGAGAUAAUCUAUAUUCUGAAUUUAACGGUAGUGAGAAAGGAGAAACUGUGAAGUCCGUGCUCAAUCCAGAAGAAAUAGCAAACAAAACUGUUCCACGUCACGUAUUUGUUCGAUUAAAACAAGAAUUAGAAGAAAAGAAUGAUGCUAUUAGUUUGCUUAAACAAAAAGUGACACAUCUUGAAUCUUUGAUGAAGUUUAAAGACCAAAGGAUUGCAGAUCUCUCUUCACAAAUACUAAAACCUGCAGAUUAUUCUACUACAUCAAGAUCUGGUAAUUUAAAUGUUACAAAUACUUUAAUCACAAAACAACGAACCAAAUUAUAA